AUGUCUGUCAUCGGCUCCUUGAUCUUCUGUACCGACUGUGGCAACCUGCUGCGCGAGUCUACCGGAGAUGCAAAUGCGACUCUACACUGCAUGGUCUGCGGAGCCAGGAACAAGGAUAUUGUCCCCGAAACCAUUGUCUCGGAAUCCAAGCCCGCCGCCUUCCCCUCCGCAUUGAGAGCCAAGCGUUCUGCAGUCCAAACCCUGUCCGCCGAGGACCGCAAAACAGAAGCUGUCACGGAAAAGCUUUGCGAGAAUUGUGGUCGCACUGAAAUGUUCUUCACCACCGUUCAGCUGCGCAGUGCAGACGAAGGAAGUACCGUGUUCUAUCGAUGUGUUUGCGGUCACAAGUAUGGCAUCCGACCCUCCAUUCCACCAAAAUUCGUACUAAUCAUCGCUGCAGGGAAACCUCGAACAACUGAGCAAAUACGGAGGACUUUAAGAAAGAAACGGGUCUAUGUUUUGGCUGUAUAA